GUUAAUAUCUUAUGGAUUUUUUUUUUGCCUAUUGCGUUAGUCACUCCCAUGAGUCCCACUUUCAAUUUCAAAUUACCCGCGUAAAUAAUUUCCCACAAUCCAAGCUUGACAUAUUUGCCUUGGCGCGCUUGGCCGCUCCCCGCUCCAAAACUAGUCAAUUUUAUUGGUAGAACCCGUGCAGGAAAAAUGUAUUUUCAUCUCUUUCUUAUACAAGCUGUUAGAAAAAGACACGAAUACACUCCGUGUGCACUAGCCCCUUCAAUAUAAAUCGCUAUAUGUCAUGUCAACGGCCAGGCCGGCGGCAUGCGGCAUGCGGCAUGCGGCAUUGAUUGUAAUUGCAAAUGGUGGACGGACGCCGUGUUUUGUAAAUUCGUUGUUUUCGGUGGAAAUUCAAGUUUAAAGUAAUUUUUUUUCUUUUCUAGGAACUACAAAGUCGACUACGAAGUUUUUCGCUGUGGUGUGGAAUAUUUGAAUUUUAUUUAACUCGAUAUUUAUUAACUAAUUUUGAGUUCAAAGUUUUUACGUGUUUGUGUUUCUUGUUUGUGUUUCUCGGGCUGUGUGCUGUGCUGUAUUCUAUAAUACUCAAUAUCAUGGUAUUGGCAUGGCAUAUAGUUAUGUUCGUGGAAGAAGAGAGGGUGGAGGUCUUUCCAAAAUGUUGGGUCAUUAAUAAUAAUCUGGGUUACUGGCCUAACCAGAAAAAAGCUAGUGGCAUACUGCCAUUAAUUAAGGGCUGUUCCAUGCCAGAAAAGGACAAAUGGGAUGUGGUCCGUAUCCGUAUUAUUAAAAAGAAUAAAAUUUAUGAUGAUUAUGCACAGGCAUCUCUGGCUGCCUCCAAAGCUUGCUAUAAAACAGACGUUGAUGAAUCCACUGAAUGUGAUGAAAAUACUAAAACUCCUAGCUCCUCAAAGGGUAGACGAAUUAUUUACAACAAAAAAUAUUCACAAGAAGAUGAAGCGUUUGACAGUGAUGAUAUUGAGAGUAGCGACUCAUUAGAGUCAAUUCCAUCCAAGCCUCUCAGAGGUACCUACCGAGGUAAAGAUGACUCUAAAACCAAAAAGCUGAUGAAUGAAGAAGCUUCGGUAGUGGUUGAUCCAUCCAGAAAAGAACAUGAAGACCCCAUGUUAAAGACGACAAGUCAUAAAAGCAUAAACAGUCAGAAGUUGCUUGAUGAACAAGAACACAUUGGUGGAAAAGCAAAAAAAGGCAAAUCCCAAGGACAUGAUAAUGAGAUCCUAGUGAAACUAUGCUCCAGGGUUUCUUCUUUAACCCUUUUAACUAAAGGGAUUGCAGAGGACAUCGAUCAGAUCAAGUUACAGAUGGAAACUAUCACUAACAUCCCUGUACCAACACACCAAUCUGCCUCCAACGAAGAAGUAUACAACUUCCCAUUUGAAACAACUGAAUCAUUGGAAGAGUUUGAGAAAACUCUUGAAAACAAGGAGACUUAUCUGAAAUUUGUACGUUUCGUUUCACGAAUAGGUGGGGAUUCUCCCUAUGAAUUUAUCAAACGGGUUAUGGUUCGUCUUGUAACAAAUGAAGUAGCUGCAAAAUACUCUUUCACAGGACAUAAAGGCAAAAAGCCAAUAGGCCACUUUUUAAUUGCUAAAGCAUUAAAAGGUAAGAAUACCAUUUUUUUAUUUUAAUACAUUGGAUUAUUUUAUUUUUAUAUUUAUAUUUA